CUCGUCUCCCGUCUCCCGCCCGCGAGCGCUCAGUACGGAGGUGUCCGCGGGCGAGGCGGCACGUGCGGUGCACGCCUCGCUUCAUUGUAUUGUUUUGGCAGUGUACACCAUUGUUUUAUUCCAUCCGAAUGUAAUCAAUGCGAAAUUUGAGUGUAAUACGAAGCCUGCAUUAUUUGUUUAGAUAUUGCUGAAUUGUGCAACGACAAUAAAGUUCUUAUCUACGCGGAUAAGUAGACGGUGGCUUAUUGACAAGUGAAACUCUGAUCGUCCCAUUCAUAAAGGACAGUUUGUGUUUUGUUGUUGAACCGUAAAUGUGCAGUGAUCUUUGCUGUUAAUAAUAGCAUGCAAAUCAAUAACCAAGUGGAUACCCAACUCCAAGCUGCGAAGUGCUCUUGCCGUGCGGUUUAUAACACGGUUGAAUAUUGAUUGGUCCAACCGGGAUCACUGGAAACUGUCGUCCCGUUACGAUUUUAACGACUGGAGAAAUAUCUAGAUUUAUCCCAGUUGUACCUUGAUCUACGGAUUUAAUUAAUUUAUCACGUGUCAACCUAUACUCAUGAUGCUGCCAGACGAGAUUGUCAGAUAAUUGACCCAUCGCAAAACAUGGGUGCAAAUAUGGGCAAGAACUCGAGCCUGCUCGACGCGCUGCCUUCUACGCAAGGCACGCUCCAUGUUGUUAUGCUGGGCCUCGACUCCGCCGGCAAAACUACAGCGCUCUACAGGCUCAAAUUCGACCAAUAUCUUAACACCGUCCCGACUAUAGGUUUCAACUGUGAGAAGGUUAAAGGCACAAUCGGAAAAUCGAAAGGUGUCAAUUUUCUCGUAUGGGAUGUAGGUGGACAGGAAAAACUCCGGCCGUUAUGGAAAUCAUACACACGCUGCACAGAUGGCAUUAUAUUUGUUUUAGACUCCGUUGACAUUGAGAGAAUGGAAGAAGCUAAAAUGGAACUAAUACGUACGGCCAAAUCACCAGACAAUGCAGGAGUUCCAAUACUCGUACUAGCAAAUAAACAGGAUUUGCCAGGAGCAAAGGAACCCCGUGAAUUAGAAAAGCUACUAGGGUUACACGAACUUGUGUCAUCUCCACAUGGUUCACGCGAUGCACACUCGUGGCAUGUCCAACCGGCUUGUGCUAUUACCGGCGAAGGUCUUCAUGAGGGUCUUGAAGCACUAUACGAGAUGAUACUCAAAAGAAGAAAACUGGCCAAGUUACAGAAAAAACGAGUCAGAUAAAUGAUUAUUUUUGUUUGACUUAUAAAAUAGUCAAUAGGAGUAGAAGUGUUAAUUAAUGCUCAUGGUAUGGAUAUUCUAACAAUAUCCUCAAUGAACACCAAAUAUUGUUUUACUAUAGGUUUAUAACGUCUUAUGAAGAUAUUCCAUCAGUGUUGCUCAAAUUUUAUUGAUCAUUUUGAGGUGAAAGAAUAUUUUGAUAAAAUUUGUUUAACCACUAGAUAUUUUCUUUUGAAAAUAGCUAGAGGGUUAAAAUUAAUAACCCAAACUCAACUUUAAAAAGAUUUUUUUGCGUAGUAGCACCCAUAUUUGUAGCUUAUAUAUUAUAUACAUCGAUUCUUUUAUUCGCUAUACACAAUAUUUUAAAUCGCAACUAAUUUAGAAAAGCAAAACUUUAUUUCCUCUCAUUCGGCGUAUUUAAUUAUCAAAAAUAAAAAUUUCUUCCAAGGCCACUAUUAUAAUUGUAUGUUUACUAAACUAUAAAUACUAAAUACCAAAGGUAAUUUACGUCUUUAAGUAACUGAAUGUACUGUGUCCAUAAAACAUUUUAACCGUCUGAAUUACAACUACAUUAUGUAUAAUCUUUUCUUGAUGAUGACCCACUGUAGACUUAGGUAACGUGAUUCCUUACACUCGUCACCGUUUUCAUUCUUACUAUUGUAUUCUUGUACAUAAAUACCUUGUAAAUAUAUUUUAGGAUUGCAUUUACGGUUAUCGACAUUUCUGUACCUUAUACAUCACAUAAUAAAUCAAGACCUACUAGACUAAGCACUUCUAAUGAUCCCUUUAACAAAAGGAACGCAAGAAAUUCAGACAAGACAUCACGGAAUGAAGUACACUAUAUGCUAUCAUUUCAAUGUUUAUUGAUAGCGAUAAAUUAAUUAGGUAUUUAUUUAUUUACUUAUUCGUAAUUGUAUGACUAGUAUAAUAUAACCUAUGUAUUGAAUUAAAUAAGCUUUUACCAGAAUUUAUGUUACUCACCCUGUAAAUAUGUAAAUUCCAACUAGUUAUUUGUCAAUACCAAGAAACCAAACAUUUAUAUGAGUAGAUAGAGACUACUUUUUGUUAUUAUAUUUGUUUUAUAAAAAAACAUUAAUGCUAUUGUAAUUGUAUUGUUUUAUGGUGAUACAUAAAUGUUAUUUUUAUUGAAUCCCCGUAAUAAAGUCUGUUUUCAAUA